AUGGCCUCGGUUUUGGACCCUGCUCUGCCCAUCCGGGUGCAGAUGGAGCGACUCGUGAAACAGAAACAGCUCGAGAUCACCAGUGGUUUGGAGUCCCUCGACUCAGUCAGUUUUCGUGCAGACGAAUGGGAACGGGGUGAAUCUGGAGGUGGAGGCCGGUCCAUGGUGUUGCAGAACGGCAAAACCUUCGAGAAAGGUGGUGUCAACGUGUCUGUUGUUCACGGUGUGCUUCCUCCUCAGGCUAUAGAGAAAAUGAAAGCAGAUCAUAAGAACAUCAAGACCAGCGCUGGUGGCAGCGUACAGUUCUUUGCUUGCGGGCUGAGUCUUGUGAUCCAUCCCUGGAACCCACAUGCUCCAACCACUCACCUGAACUACCGUUAUUUCGAGAUUAUGAACGAAGACGGGUCUCCGCAGACGUGGUGGUUUGGAGGCGGAGCCGAUCUGACGCCAUCCUAUAUCUACGACGAGGAUUGUAUCAACUUCCACCAGCAGCACAAGGCCGCUCUGGACAAGUUUAGACCGGAUCUUUACCCUAGGUUCAAGAAAUGGUGCGACGAGUAUUUUUUUAUUCCGCACAGGAACGAGACCCGGGGUAUUGGUGGAAUCUUCUUCGACGACUUUGACGAGCUGCCUCCUCAGCAGUGUCUGGAAAUGGCGGAGUCCUGUUUCAACGCGUUUCUGCCUGCUUAUCUUCCACUGGUCGAGCGCAGAAAAGACACCCCUUAUACAGAGGUCCAGAAGGAGUGGCAGCAGAUCAGAAGGGGAAGGUAUGUCGAAUUCAACCUCGUGUACGACAGAGGCACCAAGUUUGGACUACAGACUCCAGGUUCGCGGACCGAGUCGAUUCUAAUGAGCCUUCCACUCACGGCAAAAUGGAUGUACGACCACCAGGCACCCGGUCCGGAAGAGCAACGGCUGCUCGAGGUGGUCCAAAAGCCUGUUGAGUGGCUGGAAAGCAGCUAA